CUGUCGUUGUUUCAUCAGCUGUGAUAUCAAUCACAAUAGAUUUUGGCUACUUGUCAAUUUUGCCGGUGUCACCAGUCUAUAUUUGUCCAGACUCUCUUCAGGAUUUUAUGAAAACAAUUUGGAACGUUUUAAAAAUGUCCCUAAAGUAUAUAGAUAUUGGUGCCAAUCUAACAGACCCCAUGUUUCGUGGCCUAUAUGGAGGUUCACAGAAACACCAGGAUGACUUGCAGCUCGUUCUGGAUAGAUCGUGGAAGCAAGGUUUACAGAAGAUGAUCAUAACAGUGGGUACUUUGAAUGAGGCCGAUGAGGCUUUAGAAAUGGCUAACAAGGACGAAAGGUUAUAUGUGACCAUAGGUUGUCAUCCCACACGCUGUGGAGAGUUCCUUCCCAAUCCGGAAGAGUAUUAUCAGGGUCUACGUAAGAAAAUUACUUCCAACCCCAAUAAAGUAAUUGCAAUAGGCGAAUGCGGGCUGGACUAUGAUCGUUUGCACUUCUGUGAAAAGGAUACACAAAAAGUAUAUUUCGAAAAGCAACUAUCCUUGGCCGAAGAAUUUAAAUUGCCCCUCUUUUUACAUUGUCGAAAUUCCCAUGACGAUUUCAUAGAUAUUCUAAAAAAGAAUAAAGAAAAAUUAGAUAAUUGUGGUGGUGGUGUGGUACAUAGUUUUACCGGCACUGCCGAGGAGGCACAAAGUGUUAUAGACUUUCAUCCAAAUUUGUAUAUUGGUUUGAAUGGUUGCUCUCUGAAAACCGAAGAAAAUCUGGAGGUUGUUAAGCAGAUACCCAAUGAUCGUAUUAUGUUGGAAACGGAUUGUCCAUGGUGUGGUAUACGGCCAUCACAUGCUGGACAAAAGUUUGUGCAAACGAAAUUUCCCACCGUUAAGAAGAAGGAGAAAUGGACUGCGGAUUCGCUGAUUGAUGGACGUUGUGAGCCAUGUCAAAUAAGCCAAGUCUUGGAAGUUAUUGCCGGUGUUAAAAAUCAACCUGCUGACAAAUUAGCCGAUAUUUAUUAUGAAAAUACUAUUAAAUUAUUUUUUCCAAAGGAAAAAUAAAAUAUUUGGUAGAUAGCAAAAAUCAUUGUGCAAGCACUUUUAA